AUGAUCGUACUGUAUUCGGCGGAGGAAAUGGAGAAAAUCGCGAGUUUCUCUGAAGGAGAAUUCUCUGGAAAAGACGCUCUUCGCUUACCCGUAGGAGUCGACUCCAUGUCUGUAAGUGAGAUAUUCAAUUAUUAGUUUCUGAUUAAAAGAAAAACCCGUGAGAAAACGAGUUGACCUCUUCGUGCGACCUCACAAAGUCGGGACGGCCGCCGUUGUGAGCCGAAAAAAAGUUGUUGAAAAUUACUUAUAAUAAAAAGGUGACUAUUCUAAUUGAUCAACCUACUAGAAUAAGACCUAGAAGUGGUUCAAAAUUAUUUUUGGGUUUGAUACAUAUAGAAUCUAAUCUAAACUUUAGGUUAAAGAUCAAGUUAGAUAUUCACAGAGUUUGGGGAUUUUUCAUAAAAUAAAAACAGAAAGACAGUUUUGUGUCUUAUUAGGCACUAUGAUCGUAGUUUUUCUUAUGAGAAUCUUAUCUGGCACCGACCAUUCUGCCUCGAAGAGGAGCUCCGCUGCGAAGGGCGUCCUCGUCCUCGACGACGUCGAAGUCGCGAUGAACUCGUCGCGAAUCUCCGAAGUCGCCACCAAUCGUCGCCGCGAUCAGCAGAACGGCUAUCGAUCGCAUCCUGCCAAUAAUUCCUGA